CAUGCUCAUUGAUAAUCCCGCACGUUAAGUGAUGAAAUACAAAUGGUUGAUUUCAAGUAAAGUGACAAAUACUGUUAUUUUAUUUUCGUAUUAAUAGUCAUUUUAUAAUAUUAUUUUAAAAAGAAAAAUAUAAGAAAAAAUUAUUUAAGAUGAGUGUAAUAUCUAGACAGAUGCCAAGUGUUAAAGAUGAAUCUGAAGCAGAAGGAGAAGAAAUGUCUCAUGAUAGCAAUGAAAGUAAUCAAAGUUCUGCAUCAUGCGAUAGUAGUGCAGAACACAGUGAUAGUGAUGAUUCUUCAGAAAUGGAUGAAGAUGAAUGUGAAAGACGACGUAAUGAAUGUAUGGAAAACUUAGUAGAUUUAGAAAGACAAUUUACACUUCUUAAAGAGCAGCUUUAUCGUGAAAGAAUUACUCAAGUAGAUACAAAAUUAGGUGAAGUUCGAGUUGGAAAAUCUGAAGAAUAUUUAAUACCAUUGGAACGAUUAAAAGAAAAUAUGAAAACCAAAACAGAAGUAGCUGGGAUAUUAAAACAAUAUAGAUUACAAAAUAUACAGAAUAAAUUUUUAGCAGAAGAACAAGCUGCAUUGCAAAAUUUUGAAAGUGAAAAAGAAUUAAUUUGGGAUUGCAUUCAUAAUGAUUUACAAGAAAAAAUUCGUAGAUUAGAAGAAGAUAGAAAUAAUGUUGAUAUUCAUGCAGAUUUAUGGUUAAAUUCUAAUGGUAGAAGACGCAGAAAUCAUACUGAAAGAAGAAGAGCUGUUUCUGUUGCAGGACCUUAUAUUGUUUACAUGCUUAAUGAUGCAGAUAUUCUUGAAGAUUGGGCAUUGAUAAAGAAAAGUUUAAGCAGUCGAAAAACUGAAAUAAUAUAAUGAUAUAUCCAUUGAAA